AUGCCCAAGAAAGAGUCGCUUGAGAAUUUCACACAAAUCCGAGAGGACUUAUUGAAAGGGCCUUACCUCUACAGACGCAAAAAUUCGCGAGAGGAUUUAAGCAUCAAAGGAACUGUCAUGGUGAAAAUAGCGACAGUACUCAUCCUCUUCUUUUUCUUUCACACACUAAUCGCAAUAUGUUUCACACCACUUGUGUACGUAAUGGUAUUCCCACUCACAACUUUUGUCUUCAUGAUGACUGCGUAUUACAAAGUCGUUAACACACACCCGGGGAAGUGUGUCGGGUAUGAGCCGAACUGCUCAGAAGAAGAAAAAAAGAAGGCUAUAGAGCGCGCCAAUUUUUGCAAGGAAAGGGGGUUUAAAUUGGUUGACAUUGGAUAUCCAGCGCGUUAUUGUGUGUAUUGCCAAGCGUUUCGAUGUGAGAGGUCGUAUCACUGCAAGAAGUGUGACUGCUGUAUAAUGAAGCGGGAUCACCACUGUCCUUGGACGGGACAAUGCAUUGGGACUUACAACUUGAGGUACUUCAUUCAAUUUUUGAUGUUACUUCCGUCGAAUGCGUUAUUUGGGGCAAUAAUUAACAUUACCUACAUGAGCAAAGUCUUUACCUCUGUGAUGGAACAGCCGACUCUCUUUUUUGGGAUAUCCGUCGUUGUCUCUCUCUUUGCUGUUGUAAUGAUGAUAGCGAUGGGAAUAGCAGUAUUUUCAUUAGGAGUGCAUCACAUUCUUUUAGUGCUCAGUAACACAACAUCAAUGGAAGAGAUAGAAAAGGAUCGGUAUGACUGUUUGUCCCAUGACAAAGCCCCUGUCUUCCCCUCCUAUUCCCUCUCAAAGUCAAGCAAUUGGAAAGAAGUGAUGGGUUCCACCGUCUUCGAGUGGUUUUGUCCAUUAUUCCCUUCCCGCUUCAACCCUGAAAAUAUCGACCACUUUACUUCUCUCUCGACUGUUGAAAUAAAUUAG